AAGUCGACUUCAACAUCUAUUGAUACAACAAGCGGGAUUGGUUUUUUUUAAUAAAAUAGCGGCAGUAUUUUAUUUUGGUUUUUGUUUUUCCUCAAACCCUUCUCGAGCCCUAGCGACCGCCAGCCUCCUCGCCGCCACCGCCUUGCAGAGCCGUCGCGAAUGCCCACCUCUUCCCUACUCUCCUAGCCGUCAUCCCCCAUUGGUCUCCGUCGCCUUCCUCCCCAUCAUUACGGCGUCGGCCAUCCCCUCUCCAAUCUUCCUCAGUUGUGGAGUUCCAGCCUCUCUUCGUUUAUCGGAGGAGAUCGCAAGAUGAGGCCUAUCCUGAUGAAGGGCCAUGAGAGGCCUCUCACAUUCCUCAAAUACAAUCGGGAGGGAGAUCUCCUCUUCUCCUGUGCCAAGGAUCAUACACCGACCGUCUGGUUCGCCGACAAUGGUGAGCGCCUCGGCACCUAUAGAGGCCACAACGGCGCAGUCUGGUGCUGUGAUGUCUCCCGGGAUUCUACACGACUUAUCACUGGCAGUGCUGACCAGACUGUGAAGCUGUGGGAUGUCCAGACAGGAGUCCAGCUGUACUCCUUUAACUUUGAUUCUCCUGCUAGAGCUGUAGAUUUUUCUGUUGGUGAUAAGUUUGCUGUAAUCACAACAGACCCAUUUAUGGGCCUGCCUUCUACCAUUCAAGUGAAAAGAAUUGUCAGAGAUCCUAGUCAACAGACUGGUGAAUCAGUGCUUACAAUCAAGGGUCCUCAGGGGAGAAUCAAUAGGGCUGUCUGGGGACCUUUAAAUAAGACCAUAAUAAGUGCUGGAGAAGAUGCUGUGAUCCGAAUAUGGGAUUCGGAGACUGGGCAGCUGCUGAAAGAAUCAGAUAAAGAAACUGGUCAUCAGAAAACUGUCACUUCUUUGUUGAAGUCUGCUGAUGGGUCUCAUUUCCUUACUGGAUCAUUGGAUAAAUCUGCCAAGCUCUGGGAUUCCAGAACGCUAACUCUUAUCAAGACAUACGUGACUGAACGCCCAGUCAAUGCAUGUGCAAUAUCUCCACUUCUUGAUCAUGUGGUGCUUGGAGGUGGUCAGGAUGCAUCACAUGUUACAACCACUGACCGCCGUGCUGGGAAGUUUGAAGCAAAAUUCUUUCACAAGAUUCUUCAGGAGGAAAUUGGAGGUGUGAAAGGGCAUUUUGGACCAAUUAAUGCUUUGGCAUUCAAUCCUGAUGGAAGAAGCUUUUCAAGUGGUGGUGAGGAUGGUUACGUGAGGUUGCAUCACUUCGACCCUGAUUACUUUAACAUCAAAAUGUGACUCCAGCACAUCAUAUGAAAUUGAAAUUGAGGAUGACCGGUUCAUUAAUUCUUUUUCCCUGUCAUACCAUUUUCUGUCUUCUAAUUGUGAUACCCUUGAGAUGAUUUGAUGCUAAUCUAUCAACACAUUUCCCUCUCUGGUUUGUAUCUGGAAGUUCUACGAGUAACAUCACUUCCGAUGAUUGGCUUACUCUGCCAAAGUGUCUUGCAGCUUUGCUACCUCCUUAAAUUAGAUCUUAUGUAAUAAUUCAACAAUGUUGUUGGUGGUUUAUAUCAUGCUUCUCAAAAGUUUUGAA